GUGCAUGCCGUGACGUGGCCGUUUCCUUUCACAUUAGGCCACCGAUUUUGCCUGAGAUUGUGACUUUGGCACUACCUUGCGGCGGUCUUUCUGGAGUAUCGCAAUUUCUGGCAGAGAGCACCCUGCGGACAGAGGUUCGCUACUACUACUACGACAUCGAUGCAUCAUUGCGAGGUGCGUUAGAGGCUCUGCAUGGCAACGAUGCACUUGGCUUCCAUUUGGGUUCAAGUGUAGGAAACCUUCUGCAAGCAGAUUUCCAGAGUUGGGAGUGCGUGGCUGGGACCAUCAGCGGGCCGGCAUGUCCACCAUUCAGUGCAAUCGGAGCUCGACGACGGGAAGAUGACAUUCGGUGGCAGGUUUUCCGAAGGGUUUCUGAUAUUUGGUGGAUCAAGGGAGGAAGGCCACCGAUUUUGCCUGAGAUUGUGACUUUGGCACUACCUUGCGGCGGUCUUUCUGGAGUAUCGCAAUUUCUGGCAGAGAGCACCAAAGCACCCUGCGGACAGAGGAAACCUUCUGCAAGCAGAUUUCCAGAGUUGGGAGUGCGUGACUGGGGCCAUCAGCGGGCCGCCAUGUCCACCAUUCAGUGCAAUCGGAGCUCGACGCAUUUGGAUUCCUCGCAGUUUCUGUGCCCCCAGCAUCGAACAAGGCUGUACACAGUGGGGGUCAAUGCCAUGCACACCCGGGAACUUCCUCGGGAGCCACGCUUGCUUUCUGCUGGCCCUGCUCGGACUUUUCUCGAUGUUUUGCAUCCAGGCAUUGAGCCCUUUCAGGAGGACACGUUGAGCACCCAUCUCAAAGUGAACUUGCUCAUGUACAAGCACAUUCUGCAAGAGCAUCGAGUGUCCCUGGCAUGCUUGAGUUUGGACCGGGAUCCAAGGGCCGACUUCGGGCCUUACUUUCGUACUGAUGGCCUCAUUCCCACUCUCCGCACGGCAAACCAUCCGUGUCUCGGCAUCAUCAAACGACGGCGAGCUUUGGCUCGCCUGCUGGGUGGAGUUGAAGGCUCGGCCUACGAACUUCCCCGGCCCCACCCGGCCGGUGCACAAACAGUAUAUGACUUCCUUUGUGUUUGUCGCGCAUAUCGGCAGAAACCUCUCAGCAGUUUUGAUCCAGAUUUGACCGAAGGUGUUGUGAUUCUAGCGUGCCUGCUGGUAGUAUGCCAAUACUUCUCAGCCAGUUUUGAUCCAGAUUUGACCGAGAGUGCUGUGAUUCUAGCCUACCUUCUUCUUGAUCCAGAUUUGACCGACGGUGUUGUGAUUCCAGCAGACUUGCUGGUUGUAUGCCAAUAUUCUCCACCCAGUUUUGAUCCAGAUUUGACCGAGACUGCUGUGAUUCCAGCAUACCUUCUGAUACUAUCUCCAUACCUCUCAGCCAGUCUUGAUCCAGAUUUGACCGAGACCGCUGUGAUUCUAGCAUACCUUACUACCGCUGUGAUUCUAGCAUACCUUACUGCUACUAUCCGCAUACCUCUCUCAGCCAGUCUUGAUCCAGAUUUGACCGAAGGAGUCAGUUGCUACGAGCACUCAGUGUUCGGUGAAGGAGUUGUGCCGAAUGCAGGGAGUUGGCUUGUCGGAGUGAGCGAAUUGCGACGGCAGGACUACUUCGUGGCAACUGUGUUGGAGAGUUCUUCCAAGUCUUCUUGCUGGUUCUUGCAGCUGCUGGAAGGGCCCAGAGAUGAUGUGAUGAAGGCUUUGAGUGGCCGACUAGAUUGCCGACAGACGAUGCUGGAAAGCAUUGAUGAAGGGACGAUUCCGGAAGCUGACGAAGACAAGGUGAGUUUCAAACUGAAUUUCAAGACCUCCAUCCCAUACAAGCUCCUCGGCUUCGUGAGUGCUUUCGAAUGGUGCAAGCGAACGCUCCCGGAUGACACGCGCUGGAAGGCCGGGGUUGAAUUUGGUGGAGUGAUUGUGUCUUUGCGGGCAGGUUCGCAGACCGCGCUGCAGCUGUACUGCACCAUGGUUCAGGAACUCAAAGAGAUUUUGCAGCGAUGCUUCGAUCAACAGUUCUUGGUCAUCCUGGACGCGCGAGUGACAUGGGGGCAUCCUGCCUACGGCUCCGACAGCUCUGGUGUGUGCAAGCGCCUGCGCAAAGUGGUGCAGAUCGUUGCCAGCGGCCGCGCUUUUGCCGCGGUGACAUCAUACGGAUCUGUUGUUACCUGGGGCUUGCCGAAGAUGGUUGCUGACACUGCAAUGGUACGGCAGCAGCUCUAUGAUGUGAGAAGCGUGACUGCAGCUGCCCAGGGCGAGACACAGGAUGGUGACGUGCACCCGCAUCCAGGGCCAUCAGGUCAAGCGGUCAUGCUCCAGCUCGACCACGCCAUCCUCAUAGGUUCAGAGUUUCAAGUUGAAGCAGCGAAUGCUCGUACCUUUCGCAUCGCCCAGCAAGCGACUUUCAAAGAACUCCGGCUGCGCAAGCUUUUGGGCCGUAUUGCUGAAGCCCAAAACCAGCAAAGCCGUGGCCGCCAGCCACCGGCCAUCCUGAUCCGUCGUAUCUUCUCUCAUCCUUUUGUUGUCAGAGAAGGCUUGCAAAGCUUAGGUGAAGCCAGGGAAUGGGCACAGCAAGAAUUGCGUAGCCAUGUCCAAAGCACUCAAACAGAGCAGCUCCAAGCUUGGCGCGAGCGUAUGAGGAACUCUUCAGCCAAGCCUCUAGGCUGCGUGGCACAGCCGCCGGAUGCGAUGGGUGGUCAGGUUCCCACGGUUUGGAAAAGUAUUCGGCAAAUUUUGCUCCAAAAACCAAACGCUAAGUUGCGUGACACGGAUCACGCGUUGCCAGCCAAAGAUUUGCGGCCAAUUGCGAUUCAGAGCGUCAUCUGGCGCGCCAUUGCCUCUGCGUGGACGCGCAGACCGCAGACGCGAGCUUGGGUCACGAGCUGGGUCCACUCCUCAGCCUGUGGCGGCAUCCAGGGGAAAAGUGUCGACACUUCGAUCCCUCAGGGAGACGCCAUCAGCCCUUUGACUCUUCUUGCGGUCCUCACUGGCCUCACAGGCCGGGUGUUGCAAGCAAGGCCUGAACCACACACUUUGGUCACCUUUUUGGAUGACCGAAACAUGGUGGCUAAAACGCCCGAGCUAGCGGCCCGGUUGUGGGACACCUGGAAACAGCUCUCACCGAAGGUGGGUUUGAAAGAGAACGAAGAAAAAAUUCAAAUCGUGGCUCGGCAAGCUGCCUUUAAGCCCAGAUUGAUUGCCGCGGGUUUCGACGAAACUCACAUUGUGCAAGGUACAUGGCUCGGCACGGUCCGUAGCUGGCUCCAAAGUUUGAAUUGGCAUGAAGAGGUUCUUGAAUUUCUUGGGUCGCAGUGUCUACUUGGCCUGGUGAUGUGCCCACCUGGCAUCACCUUGCGUGGGAAUGCUCUGCUUUUAGAGACACGCGUGGCGCUGUGCCACAAGAUCCUUUGCAAAGAGUACUUGGCUGGCCGUUUGGCCAAGACCACCAGACUGAUGCAUCCGUUCUUGAACACUUGGGCAACGUUCGGGAGCGAAUGCUUGAUCGCCGAUAUCGCGGAAGGGUCGCUUGUCACCUGGGGAAAGGCCACCUUGCGAGACAUGGCCGGAUGCGCCAGAGGAAGCUUCUUUGUCCAAAAGUUGCGUGGUUGGGAUGGUGUGCCUAGGGAAGGUGAUUCACAAAAGCCGAAGUUGGCAAAAGCACCAGCAUCAGAAGCCUUGCAGGCCAGCACAAGCCCGCAGAGGGGACCUGACCGUUGCAGUCUUGCCCAACGGCUGGCAGCAGGAAGGACGUUGGAGCUGCUGACAACACUGAUGGUAGUGCAUUUCCUGAAGAUCUGUGCUGCCAAAGUCACACAGUUGCAGCCCAGAGGAGGUCUCUUUGCUUUCCGGGACGAUCAGCCGGUGUUCAUUCUGAGUGUAUGGACAAGCAGAAAAAUUACUUUGGCUGAUGUGGUUCCAUUGAAGCAGGCAACUUUUCAAGGACGAACCGUCCUCAAAGCCAAAUACACAGAGACCCGCACAUGCAGAUGGAGUGAGCUCAAAGAUGUCGGCUUACAUUUCCAGGUUGCCAACUGUGCGAAUGAUCGCCGUGGAGCGAGCUUGCUGUUCCAGAAGCAACCGGGGGAAACACAAGGAGAUCAAGGCAGAGCUUUGCGCGAGAAUGCAGCUUUGGCAGCUCUCUGGCAGGCUGGCAAUGCAGAGCUAGGUUUGGCCACUUCAUGCACAGUUGAUCACUCGGUGCGAUCCGUUGUGCCACGUUUGCAGGCGCACCUGGCCGAACGAGCUGCUUCAGGUAUUACCCAUCACGCGGCCCCACGCGCAGAUGAGAGCCGUUCCUUUUGGAUUCUGGACCUGCCAUUGCCAGUGCAAGUGGAUGGUCGCCGCCAUCGCUGCCAUACGUGCGCGCACUUGCGCAUCUUCGACAACUGCACCGUGGAGACACAUGAUGUUGUUGCAGCCUAUCCUGACCUGCGGGCUUUGGUGGAGCAAAUCUGUGGCAAUGCUCUUUCCCUCAAUGUAGCUGGGCGCAUGAAAGAAUUUUGCAGUGCAGUGCCCAAAUCUGUAUCCAUCCGCUCCAUUCUCAUGGCAGCAUUGGAAGAUUACACCAAGGCAGCUUCACGCGAGAUGCAGCGGCUCAUCAAUGUGUACAGUGGUUCAGUGAUCAGAGGAGAUGGAAACCAGGAUGUAGCAAAAAGGAUUACAAUGUAUGAUGAAGCAGGUCAGAAAACACACCCAUAUACGGUGCUCCUAGCUUGGGUCACGGUAGACGGGGCCUUGUUUCAGCCUGUAACAGCAGCUGAAACAGAAGACUGGGUCGACUUGCAACCUGAUCUGGAUGCUGUGGUAACCAACCUGAAACAGGACAGGCUGGCAUCAGGCCUGUCCUUAGCUGAGGCAGCCCCAGUAGCUCACGCCACGGACAGUUUCAGAAAGCAGCGAUUGCUGCUUGAUGCAUUUUACAAAAACAAGUACCCCAAGGAGCAAGAGGUGGAGGUAAGUGCAGCGAGUCCAGAUGCCCCAUGCCUCAUUGCUGAUCACAAAGACAUCCUGCAGCGGUUGUCCUUGAAACCAAGGGUGGCAGAAGAUGUUCCACCUGUGCUCUCUGAGCCAGUUCUUUUCCUUGAGCUUGAAGAGGAGGGUGUGACCUUAGCUGCAGCCUUUGGCUUCACAGAGAAUGUAUGCUUUGAAUGUGCUGACACCUGGUUGCAGCUGGAUGCUCUGGAAUUUGACCCUCCAAGGCGGUCUGGAGAUGGCAGCGGCCGGGCAGAUGUGCCGCGGAUUCGCUUGCUCUACAAGCCUGAUUUACACGGAGAUGAUGGGCUCGUUAUAGUUUCCUCUGACGAGGAGGAUGUCAUCUCCCCGCAGCAUGCUCGGGUUCAAGCGUUGCAAGAAUCUUGUUUGCAGACGCUGCAGGCCGCAGACCACAAAUUAUCCGCAAAUCCGACAAAUAUGACCAUGAUACCACGCAUUGACAAGUGCUCUCCGGUACCCAAGCCGCGCCAUCAAGUUCAAGUUGUAGGAGUUAGCUUCCUAGACAUGGCCACGUGUGAAGUUUGUGGAGAUGGUUUCGCAGACGAUGCGGAAAAACACUUGUGCUCCCCGAGCCGAGACUCUUGCUCGCACGUGUGCCACGCGGAUUGCUUGCAGCAAUACCGAUUAAAGCAGGGCUGCCCUAUGCAUGACUGCCCAUUCUGUCUUCAGAAUGAAGAUUCCCAGGAAGAGGCUGAUGAUGCCGCUUUGCAAGAGAUGGAGAUUGAGGCAGCAAUGGAAGCAGAGGCUGUGGCUGAGGGGGUAAAAAGAAAGACCAGAGGACAACGCAGCCCAGUGCCGCCCACCCAAAGGUCCCCAAGCCCAGAAAGCCCUCCCUUCACACAGGGUGGAAGUGAAGCAGCCCGCUUGUCCAUUCCAAGCUUUGGGAUUGACAUCUACGACCUGAGUCGGACCAGCAAGGCAUCUACCACGGUGAAGGAUCCUAUGCACGACGCCAUGUCGGAGUACUUGGCUUGCAGGGAUGAAGCACAAAGCCUUUCGUUGCUUCACACCAAGAGCACAUAUCAAGGGCUUGGAAGCCCAGAGGCUUCUUAUCAAACCGUUCUGAAUGCAGCCUUGAAAGACCCCAGGGACCACCACGCUGUGGCAUCAGACUUUGCCUUCAGAACUCGAGAAGUGCUGCCCGUGCCUUUCGAAGUCAGCUUGAAAACCAUUGCCCGCAAGGAAGGCACGCGGCUUCGAUUGCAGCCUGAUGAGGAGCACCGACGUCUGCAUUACGGCAACAAAGAAAAGAUGUGCACUUGGCUGAACUGCGAAGAUGACAAGACAGUCACUGGAGAUGGUGCCACGGCGCUGACUCAUUACACCCAAGUGUAUGGACUGGUGUCGCUUUGUGAGUAUGUGCUCCAGCCGACUGCAAGCAUGUUUUCCAAGAGAAUCCAUGCGACGUGGCAAACAAGGCCAGUGACAAGUGACCCUGAUCAGCAGAGCCAGUCCAGCAAAGAGUUCCUGAUUGACUUCUUUGGUUGGAUGGGGCGCGUGGCAAGCAACCAGGACAAAGACCACUAUUUUGACAAGUUCGCCUUGCCCGUGCUCAGGAAGGCUUUGCAGGGAAUCUCCGACUUCUUUCACGAGAAUCACGAGAAUGUAGAGAAAGAGGAAAAACCAGCAAAGUACGUCUUGGCAGCAGUCAAAGACCUCUUGAAAGUUGGCAUCUUGCAAGAGGUUGACAAGAAGGAAGUGGAAGAACAGGCGCCCAAACUUAAGGACAAGAAAAGCGCCAAGAGCAAGGAGGCCACGCUAAAGAGCGAGCCACGAGGCCCGCCAGGUGGCCACGCUGUCCUGUACUACCAGACAUGUGCCUGGGAAGACCUUUUGACUAAUUCGGAAGCUCAAGACAUGAUUGCCAAGCUGCAACUGAGUGCCAAUGAUUUCAAGUAG